AUGGAUGAUCGAACUGACCCAGACGACCUCCACACCAUUCUCUCCGAGCAACGCAGAGACCUUAUGGCCGCCAAAACUCUAGACUCCGACCUCGACAUGGCCUUCAAGCUCCAAAUGCAGGAGGCCAUGGCCGCCUCUCUCGCUCUCAAUCCCUCGUUGGCCUCGAGUUCGAGUUCGCGCAACUCUCCGCCUCCUUCAUCGCCCCACGACGCCAUUUUAGACCUCGCCGCCACGCUCAUGCUCGAGGACGUCGAGAGAUUCGCGCAGGAGUGGGAGGACCACGAGCGCACCGUUUCGGAGAUGAUGAAGACGACGGAAGAUCUCAACCGUCGAAUUCACGAUCAGAAGUUCGCCGCCGACCUCCGCGACGUGCCAGACGACUACUGGGCCAAGCACGGCGACCAUUACGAGCGUCCGUACUGUGCGGACGAAUCGUCGUCGUCAUCGUCGACAAAAGCUGCGGCGGUGGAGACUGAGAAUUUGAGGUUGUAUUGCAAGGGUUUGGUGAGCGAGGAGAGGGUUAGGGAUGUGAAGGUGGUGGUGGCUGGGGCAGGUGUCGCGAUUUGUGACCCGAGAGACAAUCUGAUAUUCGAGGCGAGGAAGAAUCUAGAGGCGGUGGCUGAUGGUGUGGUGUUGAGCAAUGAGGCUGCGGAGCUUGAGGCCAUCAUUGAAGUCACAAACAGAGUGCGUCCUGGAAACAGCAAGGUUGCAACAUUAGUCAAUCAAGUGGCUCUUCUACAAAGAAAAUUUGAAUAUUGCAGCCCUUCUCUUGUAGCACGUACUGACAUUAAGUUUGCACUUAAAGUUGCAAGAGAGGCUAUAGUUUCUCAGAUCACUUGGCGUGCAGACUCUAGCAAUGGAAAGAGUUUGAAGGAGACUUGUGUAAUUUGCUUUGAAGAAACUGAUGUUGCGGAAAUGUUUUCAAUCGAUGGCUGUCUACACAGGUAUUGCUGUUCUUGUAUGAAACAGCAUGUGGAAGUAAAGUUUCUUAAUGGGAUGGGGGCAGAGUGCCCUCAUGAAGACUGUAAAAAUGAGGUGAAUAUUGAUAGCUGUGCAAAAUUCUUGGCACCUAAACUUGUUGAGGCCAUAAGCCAAAGAAUCAAGGAAUCUUCUAUUCCAGUUACAGACAAAGUUUAUUGCCCAAAUCCCAGGUGUUCUGCAUUAAUGUCUAAAAAGGAGGUCUUAGAAUAUACCAAAACUACUUUUGUCCAUGCUGAGCAAACUGGAGCCAGGAGAUGCAUGAAAUGUCAUUACUAUUUUUGUAUCAAUUGCAAGGUCCCUUGGCACUUCAAUAUGACCUGCUAUGAUUAUAAAAGAUCACAUCCCUAUCCCCACCGAGAAGACCAAUUGCUCAACUCACUGGCUACAAAAAAACUCUGGCGUCAGUGCGUAAAGUGCAACCAUAUGGUUGAACUCGCCGAAGGUUGUUACCACAUAACUUGCAGAUGUGGUUAUGAGUUUUGUUAUACCUGUGGAGCUGAGUGGAAGAACAAGAAAGCAACAUGUUCCUGCCGAAUCUGGGAUGAGCGUAACAUUAUACGUGAACAGCCACAACAAGCACAGCUCAUUAUACGCGAACAGCCACGACAGGCACAGCCCAUUAUACGCGAACAGCCACGACAGGCACAGCCCAUUAUACGCGCACAGCCAGGACAGGCACAGCCCAUUAUACGCGAACAGCCACGACAGGCACAGCCCAUUAUACGCGCACAGCCACGACAGGCACAGCCCAUUAUACGCGAACAGCCACGACAGGCACAGCGCAUUAUACAAGCACAGCCACAACAGGCACAGCCCAUUAUACGCGAACAGCCACGACAGGCACAGCCCAUUAUACGCGAACAGCCACGACAAGUACGACGAAGACAAUGA